AUGAACGGCCGUGUCGAUCAGAGUCCUCGCUCCAUGGGCGGUGGACGAUUCCUCAGAGACCCUGGCGAUGGAGUCCGUUCCAAAUCCCAAAGCCCAUUUCGACUCUCCAUGCCUUCAAUAUCGCCCGGCCAAGUUGCCUUUUCCGCGAUGCAGUACCUGCCUGUCCCCGUCAUCGUACUAAACAACCUCAAGACCGUUGUACUCGCCAAUGAGGCCAUGGGGAGAAUGCUCGGCAUCAUUUCUGAUGACUUGAGCGAUGAGGAUGCGUCGGCGACGAUGGACAAGUUGCGUGGUCAGACCCUCUCACAGGUAGGCAUUGAUAUGAUUCAGGAUGGCCGUCCUGUAUGGGUUACAUGGGAGGCUUUCCUCGACACCUUAAUCACUGAAGUCGGCGUACGGCCAUCAGUCUCGAACCAUCAACGACGACCGUCUCAUCUUGGACCCAGCGGCGAUGCCACGCCAACUGCCACCAUGGCUCUUGCGCAGGCGACCGACCAGGCCAAGCACAUCGAGCGACCGACCCAGGAUGCGACAGUAGAAGUCAUCAUCACUAGAAAAGACAUCACCAAAACCACCUUCAACAGCCGAUACAAGGCAAAAGAAUCCGAAUACCACGCCUUUGCCAAAAUGAUCAUUACCGUCUGGGAAAUUGAGGAUAAGCAAACCUUCUUUACUUUGACCUUCACCAACGCCCAGUCCGCUCCGUCGAUGCCGCUUAGCAGCCGAAGAGCUAUUGCUCGAUCCAGCAUCCUUGAAGCUGUCGAGAAGAAAACCAUCUCCACCUCGAAUGCAUCGUCUGUCGCCUCCAGUCGAGACUCUACUUCUCCCCUGUUUUACAGUCCGGGCGUCAUCACCAUCUCUUCGAGUCCCUUCCCUCCCAUGGGACCUCCGACUGUUGCGUCACAUUCGCAAGCAAGCACGCCUUCGGUGUUACAAAAAAUGAUUAGGAUGAAGGACGCUCUCAUCGACAGUACGCAGAUGCCCGUCGUUGCCAUGUGGAAGGAUGGCAGCGUAACAUUUCCAAACAAGGCUGCGAGACAGCUCUUCCCUGUCGAUGCCGAUCUCGACUCGUCUGGCGAUGGCUUUAACCUGCUAGAGAAGUGGGAAGUAUAUAAUGAAGAUUUCACGAGGCAGCUAGAUGUCAGCGAGUAUCCAAUCUCCAUUCUACUUAGGACAGAGACGCCAUUCGCCAGCAAGCGUAUAGGCAUGUACGCACGCAACGGGAAGAAAAUCAUAUUUGAUGUGUUGGGAGAAGGCAUCUACGAUGAGACAACACACGAAUUCCUCGCUGGUAUUGUAACUGGCCGUGAUGUGACUAUGAUGAGGGAGGAAAUCACUCAUAUCAAAGAGCGCGACGAGGAGCGGUUCAAGAUCAUUUGCGACGCCAUGCCACAGCUUGUAUGGACGGCACGUCCGGACGGAAUGCACGAUUUCUUCAAUACGAAAUGGUACACGUAUACCGGCCUGAAUCCUGAGCAGUGCAUUGGCCUGGCUUGGCAAGCCGCCAUUCAUCCCGACGACAACCCCGAGGCUCGCUCUCGGUGGAGUCACUCCCUAGAAACAGGAGAUCCCUAUGUCAUGGAGUAUCGUUGCCUUAGUAAGGAGGGAGAGUGGAGGUGGUUUCUCGGCCGUGCCCUCGCUGUGCGCGACAAGGAAACGGGCAAGAUUGAGAAAUGGUUCGGAACUUCUACCGACAUCCACGAGAGCAUGCAGACAAAGUUGAGUGCUAAGCGUACUCGCCAGCAGUUGCUCAGCGUGAUUGCCCACUCACACGUCACCAUCUUUACUGUUGACCCCGAACGCCGAGUAACGAUGCUGGAGGGCGCCUUGAUCUGGAAUAGCGCCUCCGACGAUAACCAUGAGAAGAGCAGGUGGUUUGUUGGAGAGAACAUGUAUACCGUUUUCAACCGAAUCUCUGGACGAGAGCUCGAUGAAGAACGCCUAAAGUGGCUUCAGCCCAUUGAGGACAUUCUCGAAGGCCGGAGUAAUGAGGAUGUAAAGGAGCAUGGACUUGAUGAUCGCUGGUAUCGAACUCGAUUUCACCCGAUGCUCGGAAAAAAGACCAAAGAUGGCAUGGCUACCAAGGAGACAUGUGUUGAUGGGGCCAUUGGCGUAAUAAUGGAUGUCACCGAACUCAAGGUCAGAGGCGAAGCCUUGCGAGAGCAAUCUAAGGAGAAGCGUCGCGCAAUGGCAAACGAGGCUGCCGCCAAAGAAGCUACAAGGCUAAAGAGUCAAUUUCUGGCCAACAUGUCUCACGAAAUCAGGACGCCCAUUACAGGAGUUCUUGGCAUGGCAGAAUUGUUGAGCGAUAUGGAACUGACUCAAGAGCAGCGUGAAUAUGUUGACAACAUUCAAAGCUCUGCGACAUCGCUGCUCACGGUAAUCAACGAUAUUCUGGAUUUUUCAAAGGUGGAAUCGGGUCGCUUGGACAUUGAAGAAGUCCAAUUUUCUCUCUCUCACAUUGUGCAAGAUGUGCGGAAGAUGCUCAAGUUUGCUGUUGAGCGGAAAAAUCUAGACUUUCGAUCUGACGUGGGCAAAGAUAUUGCCAAUGAACGUGUCGUCCUUGGUGACCCCGGCAGGUUGCGGCAAAUCAUUACCAAUCUCCUCACGAAUAGCAUCAAGUUCACCAAUCAAGGAUAUGUCAAGUUUUCGGUGGUAAAGGAGCGUGAAACAGCCGAGACAAUCGAGGUUCGCUUUGUCAUUGAAGACUCGGGAAUUGGCAUCGAGGAGGAAGUCCGCAAGAAGCUCUUUAAGCCGUUCAGCCAAGGAGACCCGUCUACGGCGCGAAAAUUUGGCGGUACUGGACUGGGAUUGACAAUCUGCAAGAAUCUGCUGGACCUGAUGAAUGGCCGCAUCAAAUUGGAAUCAAACGUGGGAUCGGGCACGAAAGCAACGUUUUGGAUCCCCUUUAUGAAGCCAACGGGAGCGCCAGCUCCCACGCUGGUAGAACCUGGAGCCAUCCCCGAUCGCCUGCAAUCUGAGUUGAGCCUCUCAUGCAACAGCUCAGAAUAUGAACAGAUGACGGGCGCCUCCCAAGGCUCAGAGGGCAUUACGAGUAACUCUGGCGGCAAAUCUCGUCGGCGCGCAUCCCUUCGGACACCCCCUCCCGCAGAGCAAGAGCUGCCUCUGUCUGAACGAUCACGAUUGCAUAUCUUGGUGGUAGAGGAUAACCCGGUAAAUCAGAAGAUCGCGACACGUACAAUUGGAAAACUUGGCUUCCAGGUCUCGGCGACUUGGAAUGGCAAAGAGGCGCUGGAUUACAUGAUUGGGGCGUCGAAAGGCCAAAAUAAAAUGCCGGACAUUAUACUGAUGGAUGUGCAGAUGCCCAUCAUUGAUGGCUACAAAUGCACCCAUCUUCUGCGACAUCAUCUUCCAUACAAAACCCUCGUUCAAAACGUGCCCAUCGUGGCCAUGACUGCGUCUGCAAUCCACGGGGAUCGCGAGAAGUGCACUAAAGCCGGCAUGGACGACUACCUAGCGAAACCGGUUACGAUGAAGGUGUUGGAGAAGAUGCUGAUUAGGUGGUCCAUCACACGGCGUCGCCCCCAAGCGGGGCCGCCGGCCUCUGAUUGCUCUGAAAUGGGUGAGCAUUGUGAUAAUGCGGAUAUCCCGCAUCUGGGCAUCGAAGAGAACGAUCCAUCUCCGCUUUCAGCAUCUGAAGAAUUUCAUACUAGCCCAAUCACGCCUCGGCCACUUACGACCAACGGAGGGCCUGAGCCUUCGCCAUUUGAUUCGGCUAUUGCCGUUGAGCUGUCACCCCCAGUUCGUCGACUUGAAGAUGAAAAGGAAUGGUCGAAUAUGCUCCAUGAGACGAAGCUCAUUGAUGCGGCUGGAGGUGUACCGGCCGACCUCCGAAACAACUCUCUUCCCGAACCGGGUGCAGGAGAGGCUUUGACUGAAGAGAAUGUCAAUAAGCUGGAGAACGGGACCGGGACCGGGACCGGGACGGGGGUUUAA